CUCACUUUUCCUGUAUAUUGCUUUCCGCUCGUGGUCGGCGUGCCUCGGAUUCUUGUUCCUCUCGCCGUCUCGUUAGACUUUCUGUCCUGCCUAUCUCCACUAGUGUCUCAGCCUGUGCUCGAGCUCACGCCAGGACGGGCGGAGAACUCGACUAAUUGUCCGCCGCUUCCAGACGAUCCACUAAGCAAGCCCCCAUGGGUCUGCCUUACUCAUGGUCAUAGUAACCGACAGCUUUGUUUCCACAAGGCCAUGCAGAAUUCCGAACUAGCUGCUGGAACCUGGCCUUCGUGGACUGUGCAAGACCAUCCUCCCGUCAUCCAGCAGAGCGCGGGCCCGAAAGGCCCUCAUGAUCUGGGCAUCCGGAGGCGUAACCCACUAGCGUGCGAGGCUUGCUAUAAGAAAAAGACCAAGUGCGAGGUCGAAGGAUCCAGCAGAACGUGUGUCCAAUGUCUGCGUCGUAAUACAGCGUGCAAGUUCACCACGAGAAAGGAGAAGAGAGAGGACCUUAAAAGGUCUCACUACAUCAGAACUCUAGAAGACCGCGUGAGGAAGACGGAGUCCCUCCUCCGAGUUGCCGGCCUUCUCAACGAGGACCUGAUCGGACCGGAUCAUGAUCCCAGUGAUGAAGAUGAAGGGACCGACUCUGGAGCUGACUCGGAGGACGAAAUAAUCUCCCCUUAUUUUAGUCCCCGCGACUUCUCCAGUAGGCGUAGCUCCGCGGCAUUGAUCUCAGAUGGCACGAGGGACUCUGACCGCGCACAGUACCGUGCGUCAACAGGAGAAGACCCGGAUACCACGUCCGAUGCAGCAAGCGCCUCUGCUCGUCACCCUCCUGGCCAUAACGCCUCUUCUAAAACGGCAGAGUGCGGGCACUCUGAAGAAUGUUCUCAUACCCAUGCCCCCGUGUUCAAAUGGGACAGCAGAGAGGACUCUCGAUAUUAUGGGAGAUCAUCUUCCUUGUCCAUAUUAUCGCGAGAGGCACUCGAAUGGAUCAAGAACAAGACAGGCGAAGUGAAAAUCCUGAACGUGGUGUUCGCCGACUCCAAUCGAGACAAUCCCUGGGAUGCCUGGCGACCGGAAGUGUUCCAUGACCUGUUUGCCUCGGAGGUGUUCAAGCCGUUGCCCCCGAGGGCGGAGGUAUUCACGCUGUUACGGGAUUAUUUUCGUACCGUGAACCGUCUGUUUCCGCUGUACCACGAGGCGACGUUCAUGAAGCUCGUUGAGUGGCAGUAUACGCAGCAGACCUGUGAUGAUGCUGCCCGAUGGGCCAGCAUCAACAUCAUUCUCUCUCUAGCCUACGAGUAUCGGUUUUCCAACUGCCAGAAGUCCGAGAAAGACCGGGAAAGGGCUUGGCUUUACUACAAGAAUGCAAUGUCGGUAUUUGCGGAGCUCUCCCUGCGACGGACAGACCUCUUAAGUGUACAGGCCCUGCUGGGCAUGGCGCUAUUUCUUCGUGGGAAUUCGGGGACCCAGUCAGCGUUACCGAUUAUCACGGCAGCCAUACAAACCUGUCAUCGGAUGGGGCUACACCGGGAUCUUCCAAGGCCAUAUCUCUCCCAGGUUGAACAGGAGCAGAGAAAGAGGGUGUUCUGGAUUGCGUAUAUUAUGGACCAAAGCACAUGUGUACGAGCAGGCAGCGCCCCAGCGCAACACUAUGAGGACUUUGAUGUCGACUUCCCCGCCGACAACGCCGAGGAUGCAUUUGUGAAACCCCACGACAACUCCUUUUUCCGCCAGCUUUGCAAAAUCACUGUGGUCAAGAGUCGUGUGUUUAGUAAGCUUUAUGCCGCCAGAGCCCUGGAAAACAAAUCUCCAGCGGAGAUAUUCGACACCAUUGAUGAAUUGCAUGCGGAGCUUGAAGAAUGGAAGUCUUCCAAUUCAUUUGACACUCAGUUGAGACCGAGGGGUUCGGGCGAAGACUUUCUUAUCGGAUUUGCUUCGGCGGGUCUGCAGUUCGUCUAUUAUAAUACCAAAAUCAUGAUUCAUCGAUUGCCCGUGAUGAUCCAGUUUGCUUCGACGCAUUUUAUCGCACAAGGAGAUGCACCUUCUAUGGACUAUGAUUUGAUCUCAGCCCAGGCAUCUGCCUCAGCUGCCAUCUGCGUCCAAGCUGCUCGGGACACUGUGAAACUGGUGAACAAUCUUCCAUGGGGGGAUAUUGCAUGGAUAUGGUCCUUGCUAUACUACAUAUUCCUGGCAGUAAUGAACAUCUUUGUGAACAUCCUACGAGAUCCGCUCAACAAGAAGGCCAAAGACGACCUACAGUCCCUCAACAUGGCGGCGACGUUCUUCGCAACCCUCAUACCGGGCGACGGGCCCUGCCAUUACGCGCGAUUCAUGACGAAGAUGUGUGCCAACUUCGAACGUGUUGCCCGCGCCGUCCUCGACAGAACCCAGAGGGUCAUCAAGCCCGGCGAAACCAAAUACCCCCCUCGCAAGCCCACCACGUUCGUUCCCAACUCGCAAUUCCACCACCACCCCAGACCGCAAUCGAGCCCAUCCGUCUCCCCCUCCACAACGUCCAUCGACAUCCCCAACCUUGAAGGGCUCCCUCCUGUCAACUCCUCCGGCUAUGUCGUCCCGGACGACCUGAGCCCCAGCCCACCACCUCCAGCCCCAGUCCCAGCCCCAGAACCAUCACACCCCCUCUCAGCCACAAAUAUCCCCAUAAAUCCCCCUGUCCCUGCCCCACAAACCGCUCCAGCUUCAAUCCCCGCCCCCGCCCCCGCCCUAGCUCCUUCUCGCGCACCAGCACCAACACCAGCAUCCCAGCCCUAUUCCAACCCCACAACAGCAAACCCCAACCCAAACCCGUACCUCACAAACGCCUUCUUCCCCAUAAGUGUGAACAGCGACAACUUCAACUUCCAACAGCCCGAACUCUGGCAGAUCCCGCUGACUGCCGACUGGGAAAUCACGCCCCAGGUCCUAACCGGCCUAUUCGGCCCAGACUCUACCUACCUCUUCCCAGAAGACGAGAUGGACACCACCGGCUCCCAACCCCAACACCAACCCCACCACCACCCCAUGUCCAUGUCCAUGGCGUCCGCACCCCCACCCCCACCCCCAUCGAUGCAAAUGAAUGGUUUCACUUACACCCCCAACCCUCCUCCUAUGGCGUCUGCGCAGCCUCACAGCCGGCAUGGUGGUGGUAAUAAUGGCAGUGGUAUGAUGGCUCAAAACCACACCCAGACUCAGAACCAGAAUAAUAUCCCUACUACCCCGGGUGGUCAUCAGCAUCAGCCCAUGUUACCGAAUAACGGGGUGGGGGUGGGGGUGGGGAUGGGGGGGAUGUGGGUGGAUGGGACGUAUUACACUUUCUCUUCUUGA